AUGUCGCAAGUCGAUUUUUCGCAAGGCGCGGGGGUGGGCCAGAACAAUAUGGUCGUGACCCCUGAUCCCGAGAUCUUAAUGAAGUGGCACGGUACUUGCGCAACCGCUCCAGAUGGUGGCGCUAUCCCAUCGGCCGGUUGCAAGAGCUUCUUCAAGCGGAGUGUUCGGCGUAACUUGACGUACUCCUGCAGAGGGAGCAGGAACUGCCCGAUCGACCAACACCACAGGAACCAGUGCCAGUACUGCAGGUUGAAGAAGUGCCUCAAGAUGGGCAUGCGGCGGGAAGUGCCAAUUACCAUCCACGUUUGGGAGCGAUUUGUCCCGAAAGGCGUGCUGCAAAUUGAUUCUUGGUUCAGGUUCGACCGGUGUUGCGAAAGACGAAGAGAUUGA